AUGACCCGCUCAUCUUCGCCACUUAAAUCACCAUCAUCGAGCUUGACACGCUCAACCAGCUUGUCGGCUCGCAAGAUUUAUUCACGCCGAGCGUCAAUGAUCAGAGAAAAGAGGAAAGCUGAAGCCAUGGAAGACGAUAGUGAUACUGAUAAGGAUGAUGAUGAUACCAUGGACGUCUCAGGAAAUGGCUCAAAGGGCACAAGUGCUAGGGAUGGUUCACCCAUUCCCAAAUCAGCGAAAAAAGGGAGAACAACAAGGAAAGAUGAAAUGGUAUCCAAUCCAAAUUCGUCAGCAACAAGAAUACAUCUCUCGUCAGCUAAGGUCAAUCGAGAUAGAUCAACUUCACCUUCACCUUCACGUUCGUCUUCGUCCAGACUUCGAAAAACAAAAUCACCUUCAAGCGCGUUACCUACUCUAGCCAGAACUUUGUCCUCGAAUAGACUAGUCAAAUUAGGAGAAUCGUCAACUUCUGGUUCUGGUACUAGUUUAGGACCUAAAGUGGACAUACAUCCACCUUCCUCCUCACCUCUACCAGCUCAUUCCAGUACACCUUCGACCCCUCCCAGGAAAGUAAAAUCACUGUCUAGAACCAAUACACCUUUGGCUUCUCCCUCAUCAUAUGACGAGUUGUUCACUACUAUCUCACCUAGAAAAGACUAUUUCGACUCACCUGGAAAUGUCAGUGAGAUUAGGAACCCUUCUUCUCCUGGGAUGGAAGACAGUGGAAAGCCGAAAAUAGGCAGGAUGACUGGUUUGAGAAGAAUGUUAACGAAAACUCAAAGUCUGAGUGCUGUGCCUAACAUACCGUCAAACUCUUCUCAAAGAACAAAAGGAGAUGUAGGUGAUCAAUUCGGUAUCAGCGUCGACAAGAGUCCUUUGGGGAAAUCAAUGUCUAGUUCGCCAUCUCAGCCAACUACUCCUUCACGUAGUCUAUCUCGGACGAAAUCAAUGCCCGAAUCGCCGACAAGAUUCUCACCCAAAGUGUCACAAGAUAAUAUGACAGCUGGGAACUCUGGACAAGGCGGACAAGGUUCAGGUGGGAGGGCUAAAAGAACCUAUGGUGGUAAGAGAUCAAUGUUAGUCGAAGUCUCACAAGUUCAGUUGGAUCUUGCGCACACUACUAGAGAAGACGUCGGUGCGGAUGAAACUGCUCCUUCAGCAAGUUACGCUGAGUUGAGAAAAAGGUAUGAAAUCAAUAAUGAGGACACACAGGAUACAGCUGGAAAUCUCAUGUCCGAAUUGCUACUAGCUCGAGCUCCUCAGACUGUCUCUGAUAUGAGAUCCAAGGGAGAAAACAGACGGUUUAUGGAUGAACUAUCCUGCCUUAUCGAUGGUUUAUUGGAUCCCUCAAUGGGGGUAUCCUUCAAGAGGACAAGUGCCAUCGAUAUCCUCAAAAAUAUGCAAGACGAAUCCUGGUUGGCUAAGAUGCAAGUAUGUGGUCAGAUAGAGAGAGUCUGGGAGAGUUUUCACGAAGCUAGACGAGAGGAUGGUCAACCUGAUCCAGCUAUGGAGACGAUAUGUCUUCUUUUUCUGGGUCUGCUACAGUACUCUGAAAUAGGGCUGAAUCAGGUUUUGCAGAAUGAUACCGAAAAGGUGUUAGAAAUGGUCAUGGGAGGCUUGAAACUCCGAGAUGGGCCACUUGACGAGCAGAACAAAGGGAAGACGAAAGGCAAUAUCCAGAAGAUUCGGGGGAUAUACGACAGCUUGCCAAUAAGAUCCAGUAAUGGGUCGAGUACACGACUACUUUCUUCUGCUAUACUAGAUGUAUUUUGUCAGUCUGAUUCUUGGGAACAUACCGAGCCUUAUAUCUACACGGCGGAUACCCUAGAAAGGGUUGUAAAGGCCUUGAAAAUCGAAAUAUCAGGAUUGGCUGACAGACUUGAUUUAUAUGAGAAGGGUCUGGAUUUGCUACCGCCCACUAAUGCACCGGACUUUAAUUAUAUCCAUAAUUUGGUCCACAUCGUAUCGCGCAUCACAGAAACGUCCGAUGAUCAUCGGGCUGACCUAGUCGAGAGUCAUCCCCAUCUAGUGCAUGAUCUCGUCAACAUCAUAAUAGCUGCAAGUGCUCUUGUGUUGAAUGAGACAGAGGAUACAAUUGCUAGCAUUUCUCGAUGUGCUGUACAGGCUCUACAGCUGCUGAUAGUCCUGACAAACGAAUCUCCCGAUUGGGCAGCCACAAUGAUCAAUGUCCAAGGUGGUUCGACGUGCCUAGCAAGACUGAUAUUGCAACGUAAAUCCUUUCUACCUUCAUCGCUUGCAGAUGACGAAGAAACGAAGAGUCAACGAACCGAAAUUGACGUCGAAAGGACAACGCAAGAUCAGCCUGACGCUGAGAUGUUAGAGCAGAAUCUCCUCUGUAUCAUAUUGGCUUUGUUGAUGCAGUCCGUGCGUUCAGGUGGAGAGACGAUUACGUCAAUGGCGAGUACGAAAAUCCAUCCCAUGUGCACCGGCAGACAUGGAUGCCUGAGGAAGUGUCACUGUCUCGACGCUUUACCUUUCACACUACAUCUGACCGAGCUCUACGCCAACUACUUGACAGACGAUGACAAUUUAUAUGCCAAAGCUAUAUCCGGAUAUCUAGCAUUAAUCAUCACCAAGCUUUUGUCAUCAUCGAAUACUUUGGAUGAGAAGGAUAUCACUCCUCUGAAAGGAAAUACCAUCCGUGAGAAACUAGAGGGAUUGAGGUCUUCGUUGAGAGGUUUGAAAUACGAAGUUCAUCAGAAUCUCAGAGAUAUCUUAAUGGGUGGAUCAUCAGCUUUAGCUUCUCACAACCAGAUACGAGUGGAUCAUGGAGAGGAUGGACAGGAGGAAGACGGUGAUGAAUCUGAGAUGAAGAGUAUCCAAGAAGGAUUAGAUGAACUGGGAGGAAUGAUCAACAAGAAUGGGUGA